AAUGUGUUCAAUUUAGCGAAUCGCUUGAGCGAACAACUCUACCUUAUUCCCAGUAUUUUCGUUCCCAUUGUUUUGCUGCAACUAUUACUGGUUUCUGUAACAAAAACAGCUGAACUUGGUUCGGUCAAGAAAAAGACUUCGCAUUUUCCAAAAAAGCGUGGAACAUAAACAAAAAUAAAAUGCCUGUAGACUGGUUUGGUUAUGUAUACGCUGCCACAGUUGCCGCUGGCGGAAUUAUGGGCUAUGCGAAGGCUGGCUCUAUACCAUCGCUUGGAGCGGGUGUUGCUUUCGGAGCGUUGCUUGGCUAUGGUGCCCACUUAAACUCCCAGGAUCCACCACGUCCGCUGCUCCAAUUGGGCACAUCGCUCUUUUUGGGCGGACUAAUGGGCGUGCGUUGGAAUCGGUCCGGAAAGUUGAUGCCAGCUGGAAUUGUGUGUGUGCUUUCUAUCGCAGCUCUAGUCAAGAACUUGGUCACAUAUAAUCGUUACUUGCCAAUGCCCACGAAGGGCGCCUAAACACAGAACAAGUCUGGAUUGCUGUUGAGCUUGCCGAGAAGAUUUUGUACAAUUUUUUUUUUAUAUGGUUUUUUGCUAGAUUUGGAAUAAAAUGUGAAUGGUGUAUGGACUUAUAUACAAGUAAGAGAUGUCAAGCUG